AUGGCUAAGCCACGGACUCAGAUGUGGACUCUACUUGCCUUGUUUUUUCAGGUGAACAUGGGUCAACCGUCAACUGGUAGCACCAGCUGUCCGAUACAUUUUGUGGUGAGCGUUCCAGGCAUUCUUGAAUCUGGAUCAAAGAACAGCUUCUGUGUGAGCCUCUCGCAGCCCAGCUCCGCUGUGUUGGUAAAGGUCCAUCUGACGGGCAAGGACAGCCAGAAGAUUCUACUGAAGAAAGGAACCAGCAAUGGUUUCCAUAAAUGCUUCCAGUUUUCUGUUCCCUCUGUGGAAGCAGAGGAGGAGCAGCAGUUUGAAGUAUCAGUGAAGGGCAACGAUUUCUAUUCCAGAGAAAUCAAGAGAGUGUUGAUCAAGGUUUUUAAACCAAAGACAUUUAUCCAAACAGAUAAACCGAUCUACAACCCAGAACAGACAGUGCAAUUUAGAGUGGUCACACUGGACACGAACUUGAAACCGAGCAUUGGAUAUUAUAACAUAAUUUUGAUCAAGGAUCCGUACAACAACAAGAUAGCACAGUGGGCAAAUCAGACAGCUGAAGGGACCAUUUUGCAGCUGUCUUACCUUUUGGGUGACGGGGCACCUGAGGGGUUCUACAGAAUUGUUGCACAAAUAGGUGAACGACGAGUGUUUCACAGCUUCAAGGUCCAGAAAUAUGGUUUGCCUAAAUUUGACAUUGUAGUUACCAUCCCUAAAGAAGUAAGUGUUGGACAGGACACAUUUCAAGUUACAGUAUGCGCAAAGUACCACUAUGGAAAGCCUGUGGAUGGAAAUAUUACAGUGAGGGUCUGCAGGCCUCUAAAGAACCAGAACUCCUGUACCACUGCCCUCAUCCGUAAAGAUGACGUCAGCUUAACUUCUCUGUGCAAGACAAAACAAAAGCAGACAUCCAACAAAGGAUGUUCCACCUUCACCUUUAAAGUGUCCGGUUUCACCAGACAUGACCCAAAGCUACUGCUGGAUGUGCUGGAUGUAAGUGCCACAAUGGUGGACAAGUUGACAUGUGUUUCACACACACAGUGGGAGAGGAUAAAGAUAACAUACCUCAUCGGAAGGUUGUUUUUUGAACAUGUUCCUAAGACCUACACCCAAGGAAAAGAUUUAGUUGGAAAAGUUAAAGCUGUUGAUUACCCCGGCAAACCCGUCCCUCACCUGACAGUGUACCUGUUCAAGGGUAAAAAGGGCUCCCCUUGUUUCAUGGACACUGUCAAAACAGAUCACAGUGGAAUCGCCACCUUUUCUCUUGACACAGAAAAAUUCAGAGGGGAGGUCUAUCUCUUUGCAAGCAGCACAAAAGACGUGGAGCACCCUGGACAUAAAAUUACUUACUAUGACAUUGCAUGGUUCAAAGUGGAUAAGUCCUGUCUUGGUCCCCACACAUGCAGGUUUCUCAAAGUUCUUUCAUUUGACAAACCACUUCACUGCUUCAAAGAAGAAGAGAUCACCAUUGAGUAUAGUGUAGAGCAACACAAUCAGGACUUUCUGGACAUAAUAUAUCUGGUCUUGUCCAGAGGACACAUCUUACUCCAAGGAUAUGAACACCUUCAUUCGUCCCCCGAAAAGUUCGAGGGCCGAUUCUCCUUCAGUUUGAAAAUGAAUCCAGACUUUGCACCUUCCAUCCAAAUUGUGGCAUACACUGUCCUCGACUGUGAGAGAGUGCUCGCCCACAGCGCAAGGUUUUACACCAAGGACUGCUUCAGGAAUAAAGUGAUUUCAAAGUUUUCACCAUCUCCAGCACUCCCUGGUGAAGAUGUCAGAUUGUGCAUUAAGGCCCAGCAGAAUUCAGUGUGUGGUGUGAGCCUCAUAGAUCUGAAUGUCCUCGCAAGGGCGAAUGCAGGGGAUCUGGACGCAAAUCAGAUUUACAACUUUCUGCCUAUCAAGAAAUCCUACCCUAUACCUCCUGGGCUUCAGGACACACCAGAGUGUGUGGAGGUGAAACCAAGGAGUCAUGCUUUUGCUUUUACCAACCAAGAGAAAGAUGAUGCCAACACGGUUUUCACACAUCAAGGACUGCAGCUGCUAACAAACCUGGCCGUCCAAAAUCCCACAUGCCUCAAAUUGAGAGGAAGAAAAUAUCAAGCUUUGUUAUCAAGGAAGAGGGGACCCCACAAUCCAGAGAGAAAGGCUUUGGAAGGGGCACAUCUUCCUGAUCCUGGAAGGAUUCCAUAUAAAUGUUAUGAUGAUCUGCUGGAGCCCGUUCACAAGCUUUCCACCGAGACCUGGCUGUUUGACCUGGUGAAAAUUGGACAGCAUGGAAAAACCUGUGUGUCCUACACCAUCCCAGAGGUCAUCACCACCUGGAAUGCAGAUAUCUUCUGCAUUUCACCUCAUGGAUUUGGUUUGGCCCAUCCUGUAUUACUCAGUGUUUUCCGGCCAUUCUCAUUGGAUUUUAAGCUUCCUUACUCCAUGAUCCGGGGCGAGAGGUUCAAACUGAAGUCUGUCAUCUAUAACUAUCUGUCCACAUCCCUCAGGAUCAAAGUUACUGCAGCUGCAUCUUCAGAUUACACCCUCACACCCCUGUCUACUGACCAGAGUAUAUUUUGCCUUUGUGGCGGUGAGCACAAGAUCCUCCGCUGGACCUUGUCUCCAAGAUCCGUAGGGGAUGUGACGGUCAGUCUGAAUGCUACGGCUGUGUCUUCCAGAACUGCUUGUUGCAAUCAAGAUGUGAGCGUGCCAGAAAGUGGUCACAGUACUGUUGUGACGCGAUCUCUCAAAGUAAAGGCUAUGGGACAAGAGAUAAUACAGACACACAGCUGGCUGCUCUGUCCAAAAGGACACUAUUUGAAUGAAAAAUUGGACACACAAAUCCCCCGCAAUGUGAUUGAUGGAAGUCUGACGGCUGAAGUUUCAGUUUCAGGUGACUUCCUCAGCCGGAGUCUAAAGAACCUGGGUGAUCUGCUGCAUAUACCGUAUGGCUGUGGGGAGCAGAACAUAGCUUUAAUGGCGAUCAACACUUACAUCCUGCAUUACCUUCGAAAGACUAACCAGCUGUGCAAAGAAACUAAGAAAAAGGGGCUCAACCUUCUGAUAACUGGAUACCAAAAACAACUGACCUACAUGGACAAGGCUUAUGCAUUUAGCACAUUUGGUUCAGGAGAGGGAAACACUUGGCUCACGGCCUUUGUAAUGGUAACGUUUUACAAAGCUCGGAGCUUUAUCUACAUUGAUCCGAAGAUCAGGGAGGAGGCUCAGAAGUGGCUGGAAUGCCAGCAGCUUAACGAUGGCUGUUUCAAAGUGUCCGGAAAACUCUACAACAACAAAAUUAGGGGUGGUGUGCCUGAUCAAGUGACAGUCAGUGCUUAUGUCACUGCCGCCUUCCUUGAAAUGAACAUACCACCACAUAAUCCUGUGGUGAAGAGGAGUUUGUCUUGCCUGAAGAGGAACAUCUAUGAUCACAGCAACACCUAUACAACAGCCUUGUUGGCAUAUGUUUUCAGGCUGGCAGAAGACCAGGAGGCUCACAGUAAGCUUCUGCACCACCUUGACUCAGUCGCAAUAAGAGAGGGAGAUCUUCAAUACUGGUGUCUGACACCAAAACAUAAAGCAUCCUCUCUGUGUGUGGAGAUCAGUUCAUACGUGCUGCUGGCCAGACUCACUGGCUCUGUCUCUGAAAGAGACCUGUCCUGCUCCUCGAGGAUCAUCAGGUGGCUGGUUACGCAGCAGUCCUACUACGGUGGCUUCGAGUCCUCUCAGGACACGGCGGUGGCUAUUAAAGCUAUGACCCUAUACAGCUCUAUGGUCAAGAAUCGAGGUUCCACCUCUGUGACAGUGACAUCCCCCAUUGACCACCUGUCAUUCCAAGUGAAUGAACAGAACAAGUUGGUCUACCAGGGGCUGAUGCUGCAAGACCUAAAAGGAAAGUACUGGCUGAAGGCUGAGGGCACUUCAUGCACUGCAGUACAGGUUACUCUUCUUUACAACAUCCCAGCUUCAGCUGUUGUCUGCAGUUUCAGAGUGGAAGUCGAAGUAGUGAUCCACAAAUGUUGCCAUGAACGUUUAGUCACGCUGAAGCUGAAGUCCUUAUACAAGGGAGACCGUAGCAUUACCAACAUGGUGGUCCUGGAUAUUGAAAUACCCUCCGGAUUCUGUCCCAUCCCAGAGUCUUUGUGGAAUUUAAGGAAGGAAGUGCUGGUGAACUAUGUCGAAUACCAGAAAGACCAUGUUUUUGUGUACCUAAAGGAGUUACACAAGGAUAUUGCCGUGUUCCAUGAGUUGGAACUGAUUCAGGAGUAUGAGGUGCAGCACCUGAGGCAAUCUACGGUCGCCAUCUAUGAUUACUACUGUCCAAGUGUCCAGGGCUUGACGGUAUACUGUGGAAAGCACUGCUACAGUAAAAAGGAUUCACACACACACAAACAACAUCACCACGACUACAAAGGCCACCACCACGAGUCCCAUGACCACCAAAGCCACCACCACCACGUAUCACAUAGGUACCAAUGGCGGCACCACAACCCCUUCCACCACUUUCACCGGUUCAAGCACAGCAGCCGCAAGAACCAUCAGCCUCACAGCCACCCCAAACAUGAUCACGAUCAUCACCAUGGCCACCACUAGGACCAAUGCAAUGAUGGAGCCGUCCAACUGUCAUGACAGCCUGCUUAAACAUCAGCAGAUAAUUCAAUUGGCCACAGGCACUGUUUUUAUACUGCUAAUAUUUUAUUUUACAAAUUAUUCUCUUGUUUUCAGAUUGCAAACAGGCACAAGGUCAUCAGUGAUUCAGACAUAUUCUAAACACCACCAUGUUUUUAAAGAUGCAUACUGUAUAUACACUGUAUAUGUCCUUGUUUGUUGCAUUUACAUGUUUUGUGUUCUCCAGCAAUCUAAGCCAAGAUGUGAAACGUUUUGUUGUGCAUUACAAAAAUCCAACUAUUAUGGAGCAUUAAAGCAUAAUAAAGUUAUCUCAG